AUGCUGGCGUGCAUCACCGGCCGUCAGGGAAGACAGGACGAAGGGUACACGGAGCUCAUUUACGACGACAAGACGGCGUCGCUGUACUCAGACAACGAUUCGUACCCGCAGCACGACGCUAUGAGCUACUACCAAGGCCACGGUUACGGUACCACCACCGUCGCGUCCCCCCUCCUCUUCGACAGCAGCCCUCCUUUCAAGGGCGAGGGUGUGGACACGCGCAGCGUGGAGGACAUCGCCCGUGAAGUAGCGCGGUUGCUGUGGCGGGCCGAGUGGAACGAUGACGGACUGCAAUGCCGCAUCUCGGACGCCGUGGGAGAGCGGCGCUGGAACCGCAAGAUGGUGGAAGAGUGUCUGGACAACGUUAUCGAGUACGUCGAGCAGGGGCGGGCGCGCAUGGGCGCGGCCAUGUGCGCGGCGCUCGACAAGGCGACCGACGUGGCCGACGACGAAUUUGCGUUCCCGCGGCGGCACCCGCAGUCGCUCGACGGCUUCAUUGCCAUCGUCUCGGCCGGGAUCCUCGCCGAGCUGCAGGGCGCGUGGGUGCUGGAGCUGCUCGGGUUCGGUGAGGUCAGGGGAAAGGAAGAAAUCGGGUACGGCACCGGCGAGAUCGCCAUGCUCACGUCGGACAAGAUUGUGUACUGCGACCAGCCCCGACCCAACUCGUUUGCGGCGUGGUGGACGCGGGAGUAUGACGCCUACAUUCCCACUGGGUCGGUCUACAAUUACCUCGAGAGGAUGGACAUGGUCGAGCUCGAGGACUGA